GACAGAGGUUCUCAAAGCAGUGGUCUUCUAUAAAUCUGAUCUCGUCAAUUUACUUUGUCACAUUUUAUCACGACAUUUUGUGCAACCUUGCUAAAACUGAUGCUUUGCUAGCCAUCUUUGGCUCAGUGUUACCCAGUGCACACCAUGACCAUCCCAUGGUGAUCCUUGAUGGCUGGGCUCCUUGCAUGGUGGCCUGCCACCUAUGUGGUCGCGAAUUUGGGGCUGCCAGCUCCCCAAGAACUUUGGUUGUCCACGCGAACCUAGGGCAUCAUUUCAUUUCGACAUAUUUUGUAUUCUGACCAAGGCUUCAAUCGAUCUUCAUGUUGAACAAUGCCUGAAGAAAUGGGAGGACAUAGAGAAGCAGAAACCUCGACACAAGCGAAAGCCAGCGCCAGAAUGCCCCAGCCUGGCACCAGAUAUGACGCAGGAAGAGUUCAACGAAGCAGUCAGAGCUCGAUUUGUGCAAUCUGGCCCUAGCCUGGAGCCUCGACUUCUACCUUCUGUGUGCCCCUUAGAACAUAAUGUUCGAUUGGAAUUUGCAUCACACAAUCAGAUGGGCUUAGAUGGGCACGAUUUGAGUCGUUCUGGUCCUUCCUGGGCAAGAUGUCAAAGUUGCGGCCGUUUGGUUCCACCAGAGAAUCUACAAGAGCACCUGGAUGUGUGUGGAUCAGAGAUCGGGUCAUCUCCUCGCUCAGCACCAAAGCCUAAGACAAUUACCUGCCACAUUUGUGGGGGUGAGUUUGGAAGCAAGUCUGUGGAGCUGCACAGGCAACGUUGCGCCGAGCUGUGGAAAGCUCGUGGGGUAAUGGAAGGCCGGAUUGCGAGUCCAGAGGACAGGGUGAGAAAGACUGCCAGCUUUAAAGAGAUGUGUCCUGAGACUACGCGAGUGCGCUCAUCAAGUCCCAAAGCUACAAGGCCAUUGACAACUGCUUGUAGCUUGUGCAAGAAGGAGUUCAGCUUCGCGUCGAUUGAGAUUCACACGCGGCAGCGUGCCAAGCUUUAUCAGAGACGGCAAGGUCCAGGGAGUCCAAGAUCCAAGAGCUGCGGAUCUCGCCAUGUAAAAUGGGCUUCUCAAAGCAUGCGCAGUCUGAGUGCUGAUGAGAAGAUACGUAGUCCUAGAACUGAAGACUGUCGGUUUUGUGGGAAGAAAUUCUUGACCACAUCCCUGCACAUGCAUGAACGGAGAUGUCUUAUGAAAGGCAACGCUGAUACUCGCAAGAAAGGGAGGCCAUCAGAGCCACCAAGGCAACGAAGUCGUGAGAAGAAGCCACAAAGCUCAAUUGAUAUCAGAUCCACAACGUGUGACAUUUGUGGCGGGCUAUUUAGUAACAGCUCCAUCGGCAUUCACCAAAGGCAAUGUGCAAAACUGUUGGCCGCUCGACAGGCCAAAUCACCGCCUUUUGAACGAGAUAUCCUUGAAGGAGAUACGGCUGAAAAUAUCGACAAAAAGGUCAGUGAACCUCCAGAGAUGGUAGUGUGCCACAUUUGUGGUGGAUUUUUUGGAAAGGCGUCAAUUGGCAUUCAUGUGCCCCAGUGCCGGAGAAAGUGGGAGGAAUGCGAACAACACAAGCCACCGGAAGAGAGGAGAGAACCGCCGAAAGAUCCUCCAGACUUGGCACAGGUCAGUCUUGGCGAAUACAAUGCCGCUGCCGCAGCAAUUUAUAAGGAGGGACGAUUGGUUAUGUGUUCCAGGUGCGGAGGACAGUUUCAAGAGGACCAAGCUGAGAGUCACCGGCAAAAAUGCGAAGCUGAUCACACAGAGGCUCUCGUGGCCGCGAAGCCAAUCUUGGUGGUUUGUCACAUUUGUGGGCGGGAAUUUGGCACUUCAUCAAUUGCAAAGCAUUUGCCAAGCUGCUCGAAGAAAUGGGAAGACAGAGAGAGCAAGCAGCCAGCUGACCAGCAACGUCCGAUCCCACAGGCACCAAUGCGAACAGCUGACAUGUCACAGGAGGACUUCAACAAAGCUGCUCUUGAAGUCUUCAGUGAUGCCUGUCUGAAAAGCUGCCAAUAUUGUGGCCGGAAAUUUGAAGAAGACAACCUUGGAGAACAUUUGCGAAUUUGUGAGCAGUUCGCCGAGCAGCCCAGCCAACCUGCUGUCGCUUCAUCCCCAACUUCGCCUUUCAGAAUUAAAAAGCACCCCUACUUUGACCAGAUGUGCCACAUUUGCGGGAAACUAUAUGGAAAAGCUUCUAUCGAAAUUCACAUUCAACAAUGUACUCUGAAGUGGGAGAAUCGCCAAGCACGGAAGCCUAUAGACAAGAGACGUGAUGUUCCGCAACGACCAGAUGGAACACAGGACAUAUCGCCGCCUGUGCAUGAUUCAGAUUCAGAUGAUCCGAGCGCGGCUCUGCUGCUCAUCAAGUGUUUGAAGUGUGGCUCAUCCUGCAAAUCUAACGAUUUCCACACGCAUGCUUGCCACACUUCAGGUGAUGAACACGAAGCCAAAGCGCCUGACGACAAAGAAGACAACUGAAGUCUUUGAGAUGGCUACGAGAGAAUCCACCUUUGUCUGUACCAGAUCUGCCACCUCCAGAUGUGACGACAGUGGC